AUGUCUGCCUCCAAUGCUGUCAACCCCCCUGUGGGCGAGAGGUUCCCCGACUCCCACUCGGUAUCGGAUUCGUCCGAUACUAGCAACGAGGAGGGCUGGGAAGAUGUUGAACCCGAUGAGGAGUCGCAGCCUGUGGUUGGACUCUUCACUGAGCAGGUUUUCCCUGAUGCGCGCUCAAUGCUGAAGGAGUGCAAGGAGAAGUAUAACUUUGACUUGCUGAAGAUCCAGAAGGAGCUUGAUUUGGAUUUCCUCGAUAACAUUAAGUUGGUCAACUAUAUUCGCACCGAGGUGAAGAACGGCAACAACACCCCCGAUGUUUCUUCCAAGUCCAAGUUUGAGGACGAUGUCUACCUGAAGCCCGUAUUGGAAGACGACGCUCUCCUGUACAGCCUGGAUGACCUUGCCGAAGAGCAAGGUGAGGAGGCUACCCCCGGAACCGAGACCAACCGCCAGGUUCUCGAGCUCCAGGAGAACUUGGAGCGACUGCAGACUCAGUUCUCUGAAUACCGUCUUGCUGUGCAAAAGUCAAUGGAUGACCAAUUGUCUAAGGAGGAUGAGAAGCUUGCUGAAGCCACCCCUCAGCUCUCAGCCAAGGCGAUUGACAGACUGCAGGACGCCGAUGAUGGUUAUUUCGUCUCAUAUGCUUACAAUGGCAUCCACGAGUCUAUGCUGAAGGACACCAUCCGUACCGAUUCCUACCGCGAUUUCGUUUACGAGAACAAGCAUGUUUUCAAGGAUAAGGUGGUUCUUGAUGUCGGCUGUGGCACUGGUAUUCUGUCCAUGUUCUGUGCCAAGGCUGGCGCAAAGAAGGUCAUUGCUGUGGACAACUCGAACAUCAUUGAUCGAGCCAAGGAAAUUGUCCAUGACAAUGGCCUCGGAGAUAUCAUCACAUGCAUCCGUGGCAAGAUCGAAGAAGUUGUUUUGCCCGUCGAGAAGGUUGAUAUCAUUAUCUCUGAAUGGAUGGGCUACGGUCUCCUCUUCGAGGCAAUGUUUGAUUCCGUCAUCUAUGCCAGAGACCGCUACCUUGUUCCUGGUGGUCUGAUGGCUCCUUCGCACGCCACCCUGCGCCUUGCUCCUUACGCCGACCCGGAUUUCAUCGCGUCCCACAUCUCGUUCUGGAACAACGUCUACGGUUUCAAGAUGGACAGCAUGCUUCACAAGAUCUAUGACGAGGCCGUGGUUCGCAGCACCCAGUCCACGACUAUUGUCGGAGAGUCCCAGAUCUUCCUGACCCUCCCUCUGCACACCAUCACCGUUGAGGAGCUUUCGUUCCUGAAGGAAUUCCAGGUCACCUUGAACCAGGAUGUCGAUGCAUUGGAUGGAUGGGCCAUCUGGUUCGAUAUCUUCUUCAUGCCUUCCAGGGAGUCUGUCCUUCCCGAGAAUGCCAUCCCUUCAGAGAUGCAAAAGAAGGGCAUUGUUUCAUUCACCACUGGGCCCGAUGGAACCGAGACCCACUGGCAGCAGACUAUCCUUCUCAUUGAUCACGCCAAGGAUAAUGCUAAGCAAGGUUCCCAAGCCUUGAAGAAGGGCCAGGUCAUCACCGGCAAAGUUGGUUACGAGAAGACCGAGAAGGGUUCCCGGGGCGUUGACAUCAGUGUCCAGUGGGAUUCCGAUGCCAAUGAGAAGGGUGUCCAACUAUGGAGCCUCCAAUAG